AUGUUUGAUAACAUUAAAAUGCAUAAUACUGAGAAUACAAAUGAAUGGAUUAAAUGGAUUGAAGAAGCUAUUGAUAAAGAACUCUUAAAUUAUUACGAAUAUAACGAUUUUAGAAACUUUCAAGAAAUUGGUACUGGAGGUUUCGGAAAAGUGUAUCGUGCAAAUUUGAAAAACCUAGAAAAAUGUUUUGCAUUAAAAUCUUUUUUUAAUCUUAAUAAUGUCACUGUUAAAGAAAUUGUUCGUGAGUUAAAAAUUCAACGUAAAGUCGAUUUUCAUGAUAAUAUCAUUCGUUGCUAUGGAAUAACAAAAUAUGAGCUAGAAAAUCAAAAUAAGCACCUACAAAAUUAUUGGUUAGUAAUGGAGUAUGCAGAUAGUGGUAAUCUUCGAAGCUAUUUAAAAAAUAAUUAUAAUAACCUUACUUGGGAUGACAGAUAUAAUAUGGCGUACCAAUUAGCUUGCGCCGUAUCAUGCUUACAUAAUGAGGGGAUUGUUCAUCGUGAUUUGCAUUCCAAUAAUAUAUUAGUUCAUCAAAAAACAAUCAAAUUAGCAGAUUUUGGAUUAUCAAAAAGAAUUGGAGCAUCAUCCAAUUUUCAAUCUAAAUUAUUUGGAAUGGUUCCUUAUGUUGACCCAAAAUGUUUUAACACUCGAAGAAAUAGUCAUAAUAAUCAAAAAAUGCCAAUGUAUUCAUUAAAUGAAAAAAGUGAUAUUUAUAGUAUUGGCGUAUUAUUAUGGGAAUUGUCUAGUGGUCAACCUCCUUUCUAUAAUGAAGGUGAACAAUAUGAUGUUGGUUUGGCUUUAGAAAUUAGUCAAGGUCUUAGAGAAUCUAUUGUUCCUGAAACAUCUGAAAAUUAUAUAAAUAUUUAUACUAAAUGUUGGGAUGGUGAGCCAGAUAAUCGUCCUACCAUAUUUCAAGUUGUUGAUUGGUUGAAAGCGAUCGUUACAAAAAUUGAUGCAAUAAUAGAAGAUCAACAAUCAUCAGGCAAACAAGAACUUAAUGAGGUUCCUUUAAGCAGUAAUAAUAAUCCAGGUCCACAUGGAGAAUUAUCUGAACUUAUGGAAAAUUUUGAUAAUAUAGAUUCAAAAGAAAUUAAUAAUAUAAAAUCAUCAUCUGAAAAAGUUUAUAAUGGACUAGUUACUGAAAUUAAUGAUUUUAUUUUUAAAUUAUUAAAUAAAGGAAUUGUAUCAAAAUUAGUAAAACAACAAACCAUUAGCUUUUUUAAUAAUCAUAAUAUCAAUUCAAAAGAAAUUUAUAAUUGGUUAUUAUCAAAUAAUAAUAAUACCAGUAAUCAAAAUAAUUCAAAUUCUUUAUUUUUAUUUGGAUAUUUUAAUUAUCUUGGAAUUGAAACAAAUGAAAAUCAUGAGAAAGCAUUCAAUUUAUUCAUUAAUGCAUCAAAAAAAAAUCAAAUUUUGGCUCAAUAUUAUGUUGGUAUUUGUUAUUUAUAUGGACGUGGAACUUUAAAAAAUGAAAAAUUAGCUUUUGAAUAUUUUGUAAAAGUUGCUAAUAAAGAUUAUACUGCAGGACAAAUAUUUCUUGGUUGUUGUUAUGAAGAUGGAAUAGGUAUUAAAAAAGAUUUAAAAAUGGCUUUUUAUUGGUAUGAAAAAGCUGCAAAUAAUGAAAAUAUAAUAGCUAUAUAUAAUUUAGGUAUUUGUUAUAAAGAUGGAGUAGGUGUUGAAAAAGAUUAUAAUAAAUCUUUUAAAUUAUUUGAGAAAUCAGCUAAAGGAGGAGAUUUAGAUGGAAUAACAAUGUUAGGGUUUUGUUAUAUUUGUGGUAUUGGUACUAACGUUAAUAAUCAAAAAGCAUUUGAAUUAUUUCAAAAAUCUGCAGAUUUAGGUAAUAAAGUAGCACCAUAUAAUCUUGGUAUUAUGUAUGAAUAUGGAAGAGGAAUUAAAAAAGAUAUAGAUAAAGCGGUUUAUUGGUAUAAAAAAUCUGCUAAACAAGGAUAUCAAAAAGCACAAAAUAGAUUAAAAGUACUUCAAAAAAGUUCAAUAAUUUCAUAGUUAAUUCUUAUGCAAUCAAUCAAAUUUUCUGUCGAUAUCAUUUUAAUGGAAUAUAGUACUUUAUUAAAGUUUAAUAAUCAUUCUUAUAACAAGUGUUACAGUAUUAAACUAGAUUAGAUUGAUCUG